UCGAUAUGUGCUAAAAAUAUCUCAAUAACUGAACAUAUACAUAAGUGCAUCAUCCUCGAAUGUUUACCCCCGGAGAAUAUAAAAUAUUUUUUUGAACAACAGAAUAUAAAAUAUCUAUAUUUGAACACGUAUAUCAUACUCACAAAAGCAUUUUAUAUUCAACGCACUGUCCUAAUUAAGGGAAAUAAAUAAUAGAUGGCAUAAGUGUAAAUAAAGCAGGGAAAAUAACUCAAGAAUAAUUAAGGUCAUAAUCUUCCAGCUUAUAAAAAGCAUCUCAUAGGACUCAAACCUUACCCAAAGUCAUUUCCUAUUGUAUCAUUCUCCUUCAAACAUAGUCAGAUAAAAACAGCAACUCUUGUCUGAAAAAAACUAGAGAGAAAGAGAGAGAGGAUAAAGAAUGGAUCAAACGGUACUAAGCUCUCAAGUGUACCCAUACACGAUCCAAACCCAAAGCGAGUGCAUCAUCGUGAACCAGAUCGAUGGAUCAUCAUCAGGCGACGGAUCAAAGCCAGUGAAACGGCGGAGGAAGAGGAGAAGCAAAGGGUCGUCAUCAGCCACCAACGAAGAUGACGUAAGGGCGAUGGAAAGGAUGUUUAGGAAGAGGAAGUUGACCGAUGAGCAAGUGAUUAUGCUAGAAUAUAGCUUCGAGAACGAGCAUAAGCUUGAGUCAGGGAGGAAAGAGAAGAUUGCGGGAGAGUUAGGCCUUGACCCGAGACAGGUGGCUGUAUGGUUCCAGAACCGCCGUGCAAGGUGGAAGAACAAGAAACUCGAGGAAGAGUACGCUAAACUCAAGAGCCAACACGACUCAGACGUCCUCGGCCAAUGUCAGCUCGAGUCUCAGGUGAUAAAACUGACAGAACAACUGAGUGAAGCUCAGAAUGAGAUACGAAAACUUUCAGAACUUGUUGUUGUCCAAGAAACAUCAACAAACAGUUCAAGUUCAUCGUUUUCUAUUGAAGCCAAUGAUGCACCAACUGAUUUCGAAUUUUCACCGAUGGAUACUAUCAAUGACAACAUUCCAUUAUACAUGUUGGAUAAUAACUAUUAUUUACAAAACAUGGAGUAUUGGGAUGGUUUGUAUGUGCAAUUUUAACAGCUUAAGUAAUUUGAAGUCUUAAGGAUGAAAAACAUGUUGUAGAGGUAAUGUAGAAAUGGAUGUUGGCCACUGUUGUAAAUGUAAUGUUUUAAGUAUCUAUUAUAAUAUAUAUAUAAAAUGGUUAUUCUAGUUUCA